AAAAAUAUCUGUACAAAUAUAACAGUAGUAUCUAAAGCCAUAUUUUUCCACAGUGUAGUCAAUUAAGCGAGUAUUAUUUGCCAUAAAAAGAACACACAAAUUACCGCUAAAGUUAGCAAAGAAAUGCAAAUGUAAUAUACGUUUUUUUUUUUUUAGAAUUCGCCACCUCAAGUGCGAAAAGCAAAUUGAAAAUUAACCGUAGCAACAACAAACGCAAUCAACAAUAAAGUCAAUUGUGUAUAUUAUUUUUAACUAGCUAACACGCGACAAGUACAUAGUGUGUUGGAUACGUGAAUAAAACGGACAGCUACAACAACAACAACACAAAAUCACAUAUUCACAGUGUAGCGAUCAAAGUGCAAAUAUAGUAACUAGUAUACUACAUAAAUAUAAAAAUUAUUUAAACAAACAAGCAUAUGUGUAUAAAUAAAACCCGCAAUAAUGUCAAAAAAAUAUCAGCGACUGCUCGAUCAGACUGCUGCCGGCGUCGAAGAUACCGGUGAAACAGUUGAAGGCGGCAUUAUGUCGGCAACAACAACAACAACAAACGUAAACGCUCAAACUGCCGCUGAGAACCUGCAAACUAUACUUUUCACUGAUAGCAGCCGUGAGUCUAGCAGCAGCGGCAGCAGCAGCAGCAACACAACUCGGGUGAGUGGGAGUGGGAGUGGCGGCGCAGGCAACGACAACGGCAACGGCAACCACCACGGGUCAGCGAUGCGUCACAACAGACAUGUUCAUGUAAGCGGCAACAGCCAUCACAACAAGAGCACCAGCGGCAGUAGCAGCAGCAACAACAAUAGUCGAAACAAUAGCAGCAGUGCGAGCAGCAGUUGGGAAUACAGCCCAUUCGACAGCAUCAGUACAAAUAACAUAAAUGAGGCAACGACAUCAGCAGACAUGUCAACUGUAGCAACAGCAACAGCAACAAAAGCGACGACGACGACGAAUCUGAUUGCUGCUGGGUUAAAAUCGUCGUCAACAUCGCUUUUGUUAGAUGCCUUUGAUGCGGAUGACACAACGAUGGAGGUACCAUUGCUUGGCGGAAAUAACAAUAGUGAUUACCAUGACCAUGGCAAUUAUCAAUUUAGCGCAGCUUCCGGUGCCACUGCCAUGGCUGCUGACGACGCCGCCUCCGCUUGCCAUUGCCAAUUGCCCGGAUUUAGUGCAAAUCUGCGUACAAAAUCCACACAAGAUGCAAAAUUAAAAAUUUUAUUAGCAAUUGCGCUAUGUUGUGUUUUCAUGAUUGUUGAAUUCCUUGGCGGUUAUAUGGCCGGAAGUUUGGCUAUCAUGACAGAUGCAGCCCACUUGGCGUCCGAUUGCAUUAGUUUUGUGAUUGGAUUGGUGGCAAUUUGGCUGGGCGGACGACCGCCUGAUGGUCGCAUGUCCUUUGGCUAUAAACGUAUGGAGGUGAUGGGUGCUCUAGCAUCAAUAUUAGGUAUUUGGAUACUAACCGCAACACUAAUUAUUGUGGCCAUGGAACGAUUAUACUCCAAUGACUUUGAUUUGAAUGCCAACACAAUGAUGGUUAUAUCGGGCAUUGGAAUUUUAAUUAAUAUCGUCAUGGUUUUUGUUCUACAUGGCUCCACGUUGGCACACGGCGCUGCUCACGGCCAUAGUCAUGCACAUGCACACUCGCAUCCACAUAGUCAUGCAGUGGCGAACGACGGUGCUUUGUUGCAAAUGAAUGGUUCCUACGAAUUGAAAUACGCAAAAAAAUGUGAUACCGCAGAAAAUCUUAAUCUGCGCGCUGCUAUGAUUCACGUCAUUGGCGAUUUGGUGCAAAGUGUUGGCGUUUUUCUCGCAUCGAUAUUAAUACAAAUUUAUCCAAACGCUAAGUUUGCCGAUCCUCUUUGUACAGUUUUGUUCUCCGUAAUCGUAUUCAUGACCACUGUGCGUUUAUUCCGCGAAUCGGUUGGAAUUUUGUUGGAUGCUGUGCCCUCGUCGAUAUCAUUAAAUAAACUCGAGAUGGAUUUAAUCAGUAUUGAUGGUGUUAAAAAUGUACAUCAUCUAAAUGUGUGGAGUCACACAAACAACCACAGUGUCAUGAUGGCGCACUUGGUCAUUGAUUUUCUUUCGGACAGCAAUAUUGUAUUGCAACGAGCUACACAAAUAGCCUGCGGCCCCAAGUACGAUAUCAAACAUUGCACCAUACAAAUAGAACGCUUGACUUCAUAAGAUAUGCUAUUUCCACCAACAAGUACACAAGCAAACCAACUAAACCAACAUGCAUGCUUGGAUAAACCUCUAAACUUUAGCAAAUGAAAUUAAAACUACUAAUUAAAUCAGUAAGUUUAUGAUUUUUACCGCCAAAGACUGACGCAGCGACCGAAUUGACCGUUCGAUGCCUUGCCAAAGCCAUUAAUGCAACUACAUGGAGGAUGAAAUUUAAUCCGCCCAAGCAAAAAUACUGACGAGUGCGGAGGAGGAUGAGUGUGGAUGAAGCAAAUCAGAAAAAGGCUUACAUUCAUACUUAAAUAAGUAUGGGCACAUGUGAUGCAGAGCAGCCGGUAUACAUAUGUGAAAACCAUAGCAGAGAUGAAGGAUGCUGAUGGUGUGCCGUGCGGCAGCUUGCUAUUUUACUCAAUUCAACCCAGAGUCUAUUACAAGCAAUUGACAAUGUCAUUGAAUACUGUUCGCUAAUUGAUCGUAAAAUUUAUUACCUCUACAACAAGACGCGCAUUACUACGCGGCACAUUAGGGUGGUCCGAAAAAAAA